AUGAGUGCUUUCGUUUGGCACGAGAAGGAGUCUCGGCGCACAGCCCAUCAGCGGCGCAAACAGGAGCGAGAAGUCAAAGCGAAGGAGACCCAGGCCUUUCUAUCCAGCGUAGCGAACGGCGUUGAGCCACCACCCUUCGAUCUCCUGGUCGACCAAAACCAGAACGAACGGCGCCUCCAUGUGCCGCCAGGCUGUAUGGGACUGGUAAUUGGCAAGAAGGGCGAGCACCUUAAGUCUAUCGAAAAGACCUUCAAAGUUAACGUUAAAACUCAGAAGGACGAAAGCAGCUCUGACAAUAUCCUCCUCAUCUCCGGGGACUCCGCAGCAGAGGUGGCAGGAGCAGUGAAGGAGCUGGACUUUGACAUGAGAACCAUUGAGGUGCCAAAAGACAUGGCUGGAUGGGUAUGCGGCAAGUUGGGCGCUGGAGUUUUUGCUGCUUCGGCAUCAGAUCUCUUUCCAACAUUCAACCUUUCCGCCAAAGGGCCGGCAGACAUUUGA